CUAAAUCCAAAUUCCCUUUGAGAGGGCAUGAGAAUGAAAGUGUUGAUUCUGUUGAAUUGAAUUGAUGGGUUUUGGGCACAUGAAACCUAAAAUGGACCAUCAGCUCCCCAGCCUCUCUCCAUAUAAUUCCAUUCCUGCUUGUGUUGCCAGCAAUCUCCAUAGGGAGAGCAUUACAGGGAAGGGGGAGGGGACAGAUAAAUGCUUUCAGGGUUUGGCUUUGCUUCUCUCCUGACCGCUCUGACCUGAAUUCUCUCUUCUCUCCUCCCUUUUCCUUGGCUUCGUCUGUCCUCUCCCUCCUCUUUAUUAUCAACCCCAUAAAACCCCACGUCAGGAUUCCUCAAACUACUCCUUGCUUCCCCACAAAUGGCAGAAAUUGUUUAUUGCUUUAGCUCGAAAAGUUAGGGUUUUACGCAGACAUCAACGAAGCUUGAGGUACCAGAGAAAUCUGCUGUUGCAACUACCCGCCAUUUAUUUUCUUCCCACUUAAGAACAUUAGAAGCUAAAAGACAAGUUUUUUUAAUGGAUUUCGAAUAUAUAUGACUGGUUUCGUUAUUCUACGACGUAUGGGUCCAUACAAAUUGUAAAUUAUUCUAUCUCUGCAAUUCAAUUAGUUUUUUGAGGGUUAGGGUUUUGGAUGUGCUGGUGGUUUCUUUUCUUUCUGGGUCAAAUUGUUCUGGUAGGCUUGUGAAUUCAUAGUUUGUUUGGUUGAGAGAUGAGUCGAAGAGUUAGGAGGAAAGGGGCGCAAUCGAAGGACAAGGGGAAGGCAAAUUUGCAUAGUUACUCGGAAAUCUGUCAUGUGAGUUCCAGUUCAGAGAAAGUGGAGGUUGAUUGGACUAGCUUGCCUGAUGAUACCGUUGUUCAGUUGUUUUCUUGUCUGAAUUAUCGAGACCGAGCAAGCUUGUCUUCGACUUGUCGAACAUGGAGGGCUUUGGGUUCUUCUCCUUGUUUAUGGAAUUCUUUGGAUCUUCGUGCUCACAAGUGUGAUGCUGCCACUGCGGCUUCCCUUGCUCCUCGUUGUGCUAAGCUUCAGAAACUCCGGUUCCGAGGGGCAGAGUCUGCCAAUGCGAUAAUGCAUCUCCAGGCGAGGGGUCUUCGUGAAAUCAGCGGUGAUUUCUGCCGUGAGAUUACUGACGCCACUCUCUCAGUGAUGGCAGCAAAGCAUGAGGCACUUGAGAGCAUCCAACUUGGUCCAGAUUUCUGUGAUAGGAUCAGUAGUGAUGCUAUAAAAGCAGUUGCUCUCUGUUGUCCCAUGUUGAAGAGACUGCGGCUUUCAGGAGUUAGGGAUAUUGAUGCAGACGCCAUUAAUGCGUUGGCAAGGCAUUGUAGGCAGUUGGCGGAGAUAGGUUUCGUGGAUUGUGUAAGUGUCGAUGAGUUAGCAUUAGGGAAUGUAGUGUCUGUUCGUUUCCUUUCUGUUGCGGGGAUAAGAAACAUAAAAUGGAGCUCAGCUUCCCAAGUUUGGAAUAAACUGCCUAAUUUGACGGGGUUAGAUGUUUCAAGAACCGAUGUGAGCCCAAGUGCUCUUUCAAGAUUGUUGUCAUCAUCUCAAAACUUGAAGGUCUUGUGUGCCCUCAACUGUCCACUUAUUGAAGAAGAAGGUAAUUAUACAGCAUGUAAUCAUAAAGGUAAGUUGUUGCUUACCCUUUUUAAUGAUAUUUUCAAAGGAGUAGCUUCAUUAUUUGCUGAUAUCACCAACACAGAAAGAACCCUGUUUUCGGAUUGGAGGAAUUUAAAAAAUGGGGAUAAAAGCUUGAAUGAGAUUAUGCCAUGGCUUGAAUGGAUUCUCUCACAUGCGCUUCUACGUAUUGCGGAGACCAACCCUCAGGGGUUGGAUAGCUUCUGGCUAAGGCAAGGGGCUGCAUUGUUGCUCCGUUUAAUUCAGAGCUCACAAGAGGAUGUUCAAGAAAGAGCGGCUACGGCACUUGCAAAUUUUGUUGUAAUUGACGAUGAGAAUGCUACUGUUGAUUGUGGAAGGGCCGAGGCAGUCAUGCAGGAUGGUGGAAUACGUUUGCUUUUAGACCUAGCAAGAUCUUGUCGGGAGGGCCUUCAGUCUGAAGCAGCAAAGGCCAUAGCCAACUUGUCUGUGAAUGCCAAAGUAGCAAAAGCUGUAGCAGAAGAGGGAGGAAUCAAUAUACUAGCUGAUUUGGCAAGAUCCAGGAAUAGGUUAGUUGCUGAAGAGGCUGCUGGUGGGCUUUGGAAUCUGUCUGUGGGAGAAGAGCACAAGGGUGCCAUUGCUGAGGCAGGUGGUGUAAAAGCUUUAGUGGAUCUCAUUUUCAAGUGGCCCUCUGGUGGGGAUGGUGUUCUUGAGCGUGCUGCUGGUGCAUUGGCAAAUUUAGCAGCUGAUGAUAAAUGUAGCAUGGAGGUUGCACUGGCAGGUGGUGUCCAUGCUCUGGUGAUGCUUGCCAGAUCAUGCAAGUUUGAGGGAGUACAAGAGCAGGCUGCUCGUGCCUUAGCUAAUUUGGCUGCUCAUGGAGAUAGCAACAGUAAUAAUGCUGCAGUUGGACAAGAGGCAGGUGCUCUGGAAGCAUUGGUACAGCUUACAUGCUCUCACCAUGAAGGUGUCAGGCAGGAAGCUGCAGGUGCUUUGUGGAAUUUAUCAUUUGAUGACAGAAAUCGUGAAGCAAUUGCUGCAGCUGGUGGUGUUGAGGCCUUGGUUUCUCUUGCACAAACAUGUUCAAAUGCUUCCCAAGGUCUACAAGAAAGGGCUGCAGGUGCUCUGUGGGGAUUGUCAGUAUCAGAGGCUAAUAGUGCAUUUUUCCUUCUAAUUAGCAUUGCUAUUGGACGAGAAGGAGGUGUUGCACCUCUUAUAGCGCUGGCACGCUCAGAUGCUGAAGAUGUCCAUGAGACUGCCGCAGGGGCAUUGUGGAAUCUUGCUUUCAAUCCAGGUAAUGCUCUACGUAUAGUUGAGGAAGGGGGAGUUCCAGCCCUUGUUAACCUUUGUUCAUCAUCAGCAUCAAAAAUGGCACGCUUCAUGGCAGCACUGGCAUUGGCUUAUAUGUUUGAUGGAAGAAUGGAUGAAGUUGCCUUGAUAGGGUCAUCAUCUGAAGGUAGUUCAAAGAGUGUAAGUUUAGAUGGUGCCAGAAGGAUGGCCUUGAAGAAUAUUGAAACUUUUGUGCGUACAUUUUCGGAUCAACAAACCUUCUAUGCUGCGGCUGCUUCAUCAGCACCUGCAUCCUUGGCGCAAGUAGCUGAGGCAGCACGUAUCCAAGAAGCAGGACAUCUAAGAUGCAGGUUUUUACUUUGUUUGGUGCUGAGAUUGGAAGGUUUGUUGCUAUGCUUCGGAAUUCUUCCUCUAUCCUUAAAGCAUGUGCUUCUUUUGCUCUUCUCCAGUUUACCAUCCCAGGUGGCCGACAUGCAAUGCACCAUGCGUGCCUAUUGCAGAAGGCCGGUGCAGCUCGGGUCCUUCGUGCUGCUGCUGCAUCAGCAACAGCUCCCAUUGAAGCGAAAAUCUUUGCAAAGAUUGUACUUCGAAAUCUUGAACACCACCAUGUGGAGGCUUCCAUUUGAAGCAUAACUGUACAGCAGAGAAUGUUUCAAUCUACACUCAGCAACGGAGGUCAAUCUCUGCCUUGAAUUCUCUUAGCAUUCUUCUCCUAGCUAUCCUAUACAGUGCUAUAGAAUAUUUUUACUCGUGUAACUACAAUUCUCAAGCAUUACCAAAGAAAAACUAGAAUCGUCAAGAGCUGAAGCAUGGCUUGCUCUCAGUUGGAUUUCUCUCUAGACGGCAGUUGUGCUUGCUAGUGUAGGGGCUCUUUUGAAUUAGGAAAGAGAGAAAGUUAUUAGGUCUUUUCCUCUCUCUUUCUCUUUCUCUUUUCCUUUUUAUUUAUUUUUUAAUUUUUUGUUUCAUCAGUAUUUAUGGUGUGUUAUGAAUGUGGUUUUUUUUUUUUCUUUGUUUUUCUUUUUUAUUGUACUGGGUACUGGGGGCACUAAAGGACCGGUAUCUAUCAUUUUUGCAUUUCUGUAUUCUUUGCGAGAAUUCGUCCUAUUAUAAUUAAGUACAAGUAACUUGAGACCUAAUAUGUUUCAUGUUCA